UCGGUGAAGUGGCUGCUGGGAAAGCGUCCCGGAGCCUGGCCCAGCACAUCCCCGGCCCGGGAGGCAUGGAGGGCAUGAAGGGCGCGGCGUCGGGCGUGGUGGGCGACCUGGCCCGGGCCAGAAUCGCCCUGGACGAGCGAGGGCAGAAGCUGGGCGAGCUGGAGGAGAGAACGGCGGCCAUGAUGUCCAGCGCCGAUUCCUUCUCCAAACACGCCCACGACAUGAUGCUGAAGUACAAAGACAAGAAGUGGUACCAGCUCUGAUGAGACUGUGGUUCCGGUUCUGGUUCCGCCAGGACGAAGGAAAGCAGCUCUGCGGCCUCCAACCCCCCCAGACUCUGCCGGGUCGUCUGGUUCUGAUGGGGGGGGGGCAGAUCUGCUCUUUCCUUCCUCGUCUCUUGAGCGGGUCCAAACGGAGGAGAACCGUCUGAAGCUCCGCCCCCGACGGCUGGAGGUUCCUGAGCGCUCGUAUUUAUUGGUGGUUUGAAGGUCAGAGAUGAAGACAAAGACCCCCCCCCCCGGAGAG